AUGCUUGUUUCCCGAGGGCUCAUACAGGUCCUGCUUUGGUCCGCUUCCUGGGCCGAAGCUGAGGUCGGAUCUGGAACAGGCCUUUUCAACACUGCGCUUGCGUCCUUGGAUCCGGGAGUGGCGCUGCAGAGGACUCAGCCAGCAAGCCUUGCUGGCAACGGCACUGCAGAGCGGAGUGCCGCGACGAGAGGCAACGAAACAGGGCAGCAGGAGGCGUUGCAGCGGCAUAGUCAAGAGGCGGCAGAACAGGAGUCUCGCCUUCGUGAAGAACUACGCGAAGCGCUGGCCAGAACUGGGGAGGCGGAACGGCAGGACUCCCUGCAUCAACAGCAAGCCGCCGACUUGCAAGAAGAGGUGGCACGCUUAAAGCUUCAGUUGGCAAAGGUGGUGCAAGAGGAGCAAUUGGCACAGCAAGUGCAGCAGCAAGCAUUGGUAUCGCAGAGGAAUGCCUCAGCCCGCAUCUCAAGGCUGCAAUCGGCGCUGGAGCAAGCACGCGCAAUUGCCGACGGCGCUCGUCGGAACCAUACAACAGCAGAGUCGCGUCUGCACCAAGCGCAGGAGCAGGAGGCGGCUCUGAGCCACAGAGCUGCCGACUUGCGAAGCACAUUGCAGAAGGAGAUGGCGAAAGAUCGGAGUGACGAGCAUGAGCUACAGCAGCAGCUCCACCGCAGCCAAGUGAGGCUUAACCAAACGAAGAGCAGAGAAGCUGAAGAACAGAGUCGGGAAGCAACCUUGAAGCAGGAUGUGGAACACAUGAAGCAUCAGUUGACGAACAAAACUGCGUCGGCUAAGCGCGAUGUGGCACAACUGGUGCAGGAGGAGCAAUUGCUGCGGCAAGUGCGACAACAAGCUGUGGUAUCGCAGGGAAAUGCCUCAGCCCGCAUCUCAAGGCUGCAAUCGGCGCUGGAGCAAGCACGCGCAAUUGCCGACGGCGCUCGUCGGAACCAGACAACAGCAGAGUCGCGUCUGCACCAAGCGCAGGAGCAGGAGGCGGCUCUGAGCCACAGAGCUGCCGACUUGCGAAGCACAUUGCAGAAGGAGAUGGCGAGAGAUCGGAGUGACGAGCAUGAGCUACAGCAGCAGCUCCACCGCAGCCAAGUGCGGCUUAACCAAACGAAGAGCAGAGAAGCUGAAGAACAGGGUCGGGAAGCAACCUUGAAGCACAAUGUGGAACACAUGAAGGCUCAAUUGACGAACAAAACUGCGUCGGCUAAGCGCGAUGUGGCACAGCUGGUGCAGGAGGAGCAAUUGGUGCGGCAAGUGCGACAACAAGCUGUGGUAUCGCAGGGAAAUGCCUCAGCCCGCAUCUCAAGGCUGCAAUCGGCGCUGGAGCAAGCACGCGCAAUUGCCGACGGCGCUCGUCGGAACCAGACAACAGCAGAGUCGCGUCUGCACCAAGCGCAGGAGCAGGAGGCGGCUCUGAGCCACAGAGCUGCCGACUUGCGAAGCACAUUGCAGAAGGAGAUGGCGAAAGAUCGGAGUGACGAGCAUGAGCUACAGCAGCAGCUCCACCGCAGCCAAGUGAGGCUUAACCAAACGAAAAGCAGAGAAGCUGAAGAACAGAGUCGGCAAGCAACCUUGAAGCACGAUGUGGAGCACAUGAAGCACCAGUUGACGAACAAAGCUGCGUCGGCCAGGCGCGAUGUGGCACAGCUGGUGCAGGAGGAGCAAUUGGUGCGGCAAGUGCGGCAACAAGCUGUGGUAUCGCAGAGGAAUGCCUCAGCCCGCAUCUCAAGGCUGCAAUCGGCGCUGGAGCAAGCACGCGCAAUUGCCGACGGCGCUCGUCGGAACCAGACAACAGCAGAGUCGCGUCUGCACCAAGCGCAGGAGCAGGAGGCGGCUCUGAGCCACAGAGCUGCCGACUUGCGAAGCACAUUGCAGAAGGAGAUGGCGAGAGAUCGGAGUGACGAGCAUGAGCUACAGCAGCAGCUCCACCGCAGCCAAGUGAGGCUUAACCAAACGAAGAGCAGAGAAGCUGAAGAACAGGGUCGGGAAGCAACCUUGAAGCACAAUGUGGAACACAUGAAGGCUCAAUUGACGAACAAAACUGCGUCGGCUAAGCGCGAUGUGGCACAGCUGGUGCAGGAGGAGCAAGUGGUGCGGCAAGUGCGGCAACAAGCUGUGGUAUCGCAGAGGAAUGCCUCAGCCCGCAUCUCAAGGCUGCAAUCGGCGCUGGAGCAAGCACGCGCAAUUGCCGACGGCGCUCGUCGGAACCAGACAACAGCAGAGUCGCGUCUGCACCAAGCGCAGGAGCAGGAGGCGGCUCUGAGCCACAGAGCUGCCGACUUGCGAAGCACAUUGCAGAAGGAGCUGGCGAAAGAUCGGAGUGACGAGCAUGAGCUACAGCAGCAGCUCCACCGCAGCCAAGUGAGGCUUAACCAAACGAAGAGCAGAGAAGCUGAAGAACAGGGUCGGGAAGCAACCUUGAAGCACAAUGUGGAACACAUGAAGGCUCAAUUGACGAACAAAACUGCGUCGGCUAAGCGCGAUGUGGCACAGCUGGUGCAGGAGGAGCAAUUGGUGCGGCAAGUGCGGCAACAAGCUGUGGUAUCGCAGAGGAAUGCCUCAGCCCGCAUCUCAAGGCUGCAAUCGGCGCUGGAGCAAGCACGAGCAAUUGCCGACGGCGCUCGUCGGAACCAGACAACAGCAGAGUCGCGUCUGCACCAAGCGCAGGAGCAGGAGGCGGCUCUGAGCCACAGAGCUGCCGACUUGCGAAGCACAUUGCAGAAGGAGAUGGCGAGAGAUCGGAGUGACGAGCAUGAGCUGCAGCAGCAGCUCCACCGCAGCCAAGUGAGGCUUAACCAAACGAAGAGCAGAGAAGCUGAAGAACAGAGUCGGGAAGCAGCACUGGCGCAGCAAAAGCGGGCAGCCGACGCCAAUGCAAGAGAGGCAAAUGCCCGUGCAGCUACGGCCUCGGCACAGGCACAGCAAGCCUCUGCGAGCCGCGCCUCUGCCCUUGCAGAUUUGAGCCGGUGGAGACGGCGGACGCAGGAAUUGCAGGCACAGCUGAACAAUCUGAACAAAACCCUGCAUAAGCUGGAUGUCAAGGAAUCCCAAAGACAGGCCUAUCGGAAUGAUCUCACGAAUUCGCAGCUCGAACAGAAGCUUGAAGAGCUUCAGAGCAAGUUGCAAGCAACGAAGCGGGAACAUGAAGAGGAGGCCAAGACCUGGACCAAACAGCGCAGGGAUUUGCAAUCGGAGUUGCAAAAUCAGCAUACCACAGCAAGCCUCGCUGUGAGAGAGCAGCGGCGAGUCGCAGCAGAGGCCAUCGCCAAACAAAGAGCGAUAGAGGAGGAAUCUUCUCGGGCGCAGCAAGCAGUUGAUGCGGCAAAGAGACGUGAGGUUGAAUCUCAGGCUGCCGAGGAGAGAGAAGCAAAGGAAGCUGAACGCCACGCGAAAGCAGAGCAGAAUGCCAAACACACGGCACAGGCACUGCGACGUCAGCUAAAUGGUGGCCGACAGCAGGUCCUGGUUUCGGUCGCCGCCCUUGUUGCAUUGCUCUUGGCCGGCAUGGUGCUUCUCGUGGCCCUACGCUGGCACUACAUUGCGGAGCGAGCGGAGCACAUUGAGGCCAUCCUGAAGUUGCAUGAUGACCGAGAGAAGGCAGGGCACAGCAGGCACAGUGCACAAAGCUUGGCCAGAGCUCGGAUGAUGGGACCCGGACCAGGUCCUCACCGCCUUGGAGCAGGCUACGAUGAUAGUGUCAUGGUUCUGCUGACGAGAGGGCGGUUCAAGGGUGAGGGCGACGGCAAAGCCAAGGCCACUGGCCAUCCAAGCCGCUGCCUUGAUCAGUCCUUAGAUGUUUGGCGCGGCGGUCAGAAUGCAUCCUUGCAGUCUGUGACUGUGUGGGCCAGGUUUCAGCAGGGUCUCGCGGCCUUGACAGAGCCUCAGGUCAGUCGUAAGAAGAAUCUAGCUUGCGGUGGUGUUGCGCCAUCGCGAUGUGGGACAGCGGACACCAUCAAACCACUGAAGCAGGAAGGGACUGUCACCUCCCUGCAUCCUUUGGAUUUCGCAGUGCCCCAGCAUUCCGACAGCACUUGUUGUCACCUUGCGCGCGAAGAGAACACGGAGACUGCUGCAGAAUGGCGGGAGGUCAUCGCAUUUCAGGUGUCGAUGUCACGUUGGCUUGCCGAGAAGAAAGAGGAGGUGGACCUCACGAAGUUUCACCAGUUUGCCAAGACGUAUUUCAGCAAAGACUCGAGGCAACGGAGCGGGUCAUCGCCCAGGAAGCGAGAGCCUCGAAGAGGCCGAGCCGCACUGGCGCUGAAGGCCGUGCUUCAGAACGCGAUCUCCAAACGCUUGGCAGAAGGCUUCAAUGCAUGGCGUAAAAAUUUGAUGUCGGUUUGGUUGGAGAGGCCGUCUGGCAUCAUGAAGGAGCUCCUGAAAUCUCAAGUCCAGUGCGCAGUGCGCCUUGAAAGCCGUGUUCGCUUGGCGAACCGGGCCGGCGGCAUCGCCUUCUGCACAUUAGAGGGAUUGUUUUACGCCGACUGUGAUCUUUCCGGUGUGGAGCAACAGUCUCAGAGGGACAGGGAGGGGAGAGAAGAGUUGGAUGGCUUCUGGCUCAGGCCGGCGUGCGCCGAGAGAACGGGUCAGGUGGCCGCCCUCGCCAGGCGCUCGCUCUGGGAGCGGGCCGUAUGCCUGGCAGCAGAGACCCCUGCAGACUUUGGCGACACGCGGCUCAAGGAUGCCGCCCUGGCGGCAUUUUCACGUUCUCGCCGCUGGCGCCAAGUUCUGGAACUUGUGCCGUUGAGCCCAAGCACGAGCAGCUGCAACGUGGCACUCGCUGCCUGCCAGCGCGCGCGGAGGUGGGCCUUGGCCCUGUGCUUCCUCGAGGUGCCUGUUUGCCUCGACCUUCAAAGCUACAAUUCCGGCAUUGCGGCGUGGAGCGUGGCACCGGAGAGCGCUGCAGCUGGCGCCGGUGCGCUGGUGGCGGCACUCCGUGCCGGAGGCGGCGAACCGGACCAGGUCACAUGCAACAGCUGGGCAAAGGCUUGUGCUCGCUCAGCCGUAUGGGAAGAUGCGUUUCGAAUCGUCUUUCACGUGGCUGACAAGGUGGAUGCGGUGGGUGCGACCGCGGCCGUUUCGGCGUCGCCUCGAUGGAAGUCCUCUUUGCACUGCGUCGCCACCUUGCGGAGACGCGGAGGCUGCGAGCCGGACACCACGCUCCUGAACGCCGCCGUAACUUCGUGCUCAGCAGCGAGCCAGUGGCAGCCGGCCCUCCAGAUUCUUCAUGAUCUCGUGUCCCCAAGCAGCUUGAGACGUCCGGACAUUGUGACCUGCAACACUGUCAUUGUAGCGUGUGGCCGUGCCGAGCAGGGCUCCCGCACGAUGAAAGUCCUGGCGCAACUGGAAAUGUCGUCGCUGAGACCGAAUACGAUCACGGUAAACUCGCUGCUGAGCGCUUGUGAUGCCAGAGGAGACUGGGAGAGGGCCUGCAGCCUGCUGCAGCGAUACCGUCGACGCAAUGUGGAAGCAGACUCUGCUUCCGUCACUCCCUGCCUGAGCGCCACAGCACGCAGCUCGCAGUGGCUGGCCGCCCGAACGCUGUUGGCAGCUUGUGGGCAUGCCGGGGUACGCAACGACCGGCAUGCAGAUAGUGUCGGCAUUCUCGCUGGCAGUCGGGGCUUUGCUUGGAACACUGCUUGGCUGUGCUUGAGUGACAUGGGCACAGCUGUGUUGGACUGGACCGAUCAGUGGGAAACAUCUGCAGCGCUUUGGGAGCUUCUCCGUUCCCGAGGUGCAGAGCCAACGACGGAGCUUUGGAACUCUGUCCUCGCUUCUGGUCCCUGGCAGAGGGCACUGCUGCGUCUUCGUGCUGCACAACGCACGCAGCUGGCGGACCAGGCAGUGCUCUCUUCGCUCCUGUGCUCCAUGACCGGGUGA